UUGCUCCAAUACAACAGUUAUCAAAGAUGACCCGUCACGCGCACAAAGCUUUCGAACCGCUAUAAAUGAGGCUGAAUUAGUAUAAUUGUUGCAGCAAAACCAAAAACAAAAACAAAAGGGCAACCAAAAAGUAUAGAUUUCUCAAACUCUGUCUCGGAAGUUUGGCAGGCAUGGCAGCAAAGCUUAUGCAUGCGGUUCAGUACGAAAGCUAUGGCGGAGGACCUUCUGGUUUAAAGCAUGUGGAGAUUCCAAUCCCCACUCUUAAGAAAGGCGAGGUUUUGGUGAAGCUCGAAGCAGCUAGUCUAAAUCCAAGCGAUUUCAAAAUUCAGAAAGGCCUCGCGCGGCCGCUUUUUCCACGAAAACUGCCUCACACCCCUGUUACCGAUGUGGCCGGAGAGAUUGUAGAAGUUGGACAAGACGUCCAAAAGUUCAAAGUAGGUGACAAAGUUGUGGCAAUACUCCCCUAUGGUGAUGGAGGUGGCUUGGCUGAGUAUGCUGCAGUAAGUGAGACCUCGACAGUGCUGAGGCCGCCUGAAGUUUCAGCGACUGAAGGUUCAGGCCUACCAAUUGCUGGCCUCACAGCUCUCCAGGCUCUAACCGAAGCCGCAGGUAUCAAGUUGGAUGGAACUGGUCAACAUAAGAAUGUACUCAUCACCGGUGCCUCUGGUGGAGUUGGUCUCUACGCAGUCCAGCUAGCAAAGCUCGGAAACACUCAUGUAACAGCUACUUGUGGAACAAGAAACAUUGAAUUGGUCAAGAGCUUAGGGGCAGACGAGGUCCUUGACUACAACACACCUGAUGGGGCAGCCCUAAAGAGCCCAUCAGAUCGGAAAUAUGAUUUCGUAAUCCACAGCGCAUCGUCAGCAAUUCCUUGGUCGAUUUUCGAGCCAAAUUUGAGUGAAAGAGGGCUGGUUAUAGACCUUACUCCGGGUGCAAGUUCAUUGUUCACUUUUGUUCUGAAGAAGAUCACUUUCUCCAAGAAGAAGAUGGUGCCGCUGAUGAUAAAUGCAAAGGCUGAGAACCUGGAUUGUCUUGUGAAGUUGGUGAAGGAAGGAAAGCUCAAGACGGUGAUCGACUCGAAGCAUCCUCUGAGCAAGGCUGAAGAUGCUUGGGCUAAGAGACUCAAUAGCCAAUGCACAGGGAAGAUCAUUGUGGAGCCUUAAGUGAACAGAUUUUGUUGGGACUAAAUGUAGGAAAGAGAUCCCCUCCGGAUUUCUUCCUCCAAAACCCACGGAUCAAAUGAUCCGGACCUUUGAAAUUUGAUCCAACGGUAAAAAAUUAUUAGAACUUUUAAAAUUUUUUACUAACUUCUCUAUUUUUAAUCGUUGGAUCAAAUUUCAAGGAUCCGGAUCAUUUGAUCUGCGGAUUUUAGAGGAAGAAAUCCGGAGAGGAUGUCUUUCCCUAAUUGUAUUCAUUUGCUGAUGUUACAAGCAAAGCAUGAGAGCAAAGACGGUUGCUUUAUUAUAUGUGCGUCAUCUUGUUUUAUGUGAGAUUAGGAAUUAUUAUAUGUAUGUGAUCUUGUUUUAUGUGUGACUAAGAAUUAUUCUA